GAAUGUCUCAUGCAUCCGUGGACCAAAAGAUGGAGUUGGUUUUUAUUUUUAAAAAGAUAUUAUCAAUGAUCUAACUAUAAAUAUUCACUUGAUGAAGUUGCAUGGACUCAUCAUCAGGUUGGACUAGUUAUUUUUGAAAGUUUCUUCAACUGAAGUUACUAUUUGAAAAUUCAAGCAUCCAAGAACAUUGGGUUUGGAAUGGCAUAAUGAUGUAUUUUCUCUGAGGACUGCAAAUUUCAUAGAGACCACAUUGAAUUCCAGUUGGAUUCCAGUUAUAUUCUUCAAUCAAAGUGAUUCCGUCCUUUGAUAAAGUUAAUUUUGAAGAGUUUUAUGUUUAUGAACGACGCCAAAAGAUGGGAGAAAAAAAUGGUGAUGCAAAAACUUUCUGGAUGGAGCUGGAAGAUGAUGGAAAAGUGGACUUCAUAUUUGAACAAGUGCAAAAUGUGCUGCAAUCACUGAAACAAAAGAUCAAAGAUGGGUCUGCCACAAAUAAAGAAUACAUCCAAGCAAUGAUUCUAGUGAAUGAAGCAACCAUAAGUAACAAUUCAACACUGAUAAAGGAUCAUACAUCUGUGAUCCAGAAUGAACGGGAAAACAAAUCAGGUUCAUUGCCCUCUACAUCGUAUGGAGAUCCCUUUCCAGAAGACUGUACAUUUCUAUCUACAAAAAAUAAGGAAGUUCCUCCUUUGGAAAAUAAAGUUGCAUACAUCAGAGAAAAGAAAUCAUCUUUGAAUCUAUCUUACCGAAGUCAUGACUGCUCUCGAACUUGUCUGAUGAAAAUACCACUUACCUUCAAGGGAGAAAACCCUCUGCAGCUACCAAUCAAAUGCCACUUCCAAAGACGACAUGCAAAGACAAACUCUCAUUCUUCAGCACUCCAUGUGAGUUAUAAAACCCCUUGUGGAAGGAGUCUACGAAAUGUGGAAGAAGUUUUCCGUUACCUGCUUGAGACAGAGUGUAACUUUUUAUUUACAGAUAACUUUUCUUUCAAUACCUAUGUUCAGUUGACUCGGAAUUACCCAAAACAAGAAGAAAUUGUUUCUGAUGUGGAUAUUAGCAAUGGAGUGGAAUCGGUACCCAUUUCUUUCUGUAAUGAAAUUGACAAUAGAAAGCUUCCACAGUUUAAGUACAGAAGGACUAUGUGGCCACGAGCAUAUUAUCUAAACAGCUUUACCAACAUGUUUACUGAUUCGUGUGACUGUUCUGAGGGCUGCAUAGACAUAACAAAAUGUGCAUGUCUUCAGCUGACAGCAAGGAAUGCCAAGGCUGGCCCCUUGUCAAGUAAUAAAAUAACCACUGGAUAUAAAUAUAAAAGACUACAGAGACAAAUACCUACUGGCAUUUAUGAAUGCAGCCUGUUGUGCAAGUGUAAUCGACGAAUGUGUCAAAACCGAGUUGUCCAGCAUGGACCUCAAGUGAGGCUACAGGUCUUCAAAACUGAGAAGAAGGGAUGGGGAGUACGCUGCCUAGAUGACAUUGACAGAGGGACAUUUGUUUGCAUUUAUUCAGGAAGAUUACUAAGCAGAUCUAACACUGGGAAGCCUGAUGCUAUUGAUGAAAAUGGAAAAGAAGAGAAUAUUAUGAAAAAUAUGUUUUCAAAAAAGAGGAAAAUAGAAGUUGCAGAUGCUGAGGUUGAAGUUAUCCCAUUAGAACUGGAAACACAUAGAAGUGCUGAGACUGAGGAGUGUCUACCUACGUUCAAUAAUAAUUUAAAAGAGCCUGUUAUAGAAAUGAAAUGUAACAGUAUUUCAAGAAUUCAAUAUCAUUCAGUCAUUAGAAGUCCUAAAGUGAAGACAGCCAUUAUUCAACACAAUGGGAAAAGGAUGGGAUUUGCUUCCUCAGAGUCUGUCACCUCAGAAGAUAAUGAUGGAUUUAAACCAGCCCAAGUACAUCUGAACUCCAAAGCCAAGGAAAUGAAAAAGGAUUCAAGCUCCUACCAAGUUAAAGACUCUGAAGACAAUCUGCAGAUUGAAUCAGAUGUGAUAGAUAUAACUAAAUGCAGAGAAGAAACUCCAUCAGGGGGCAGAUGUAACCAAGCAGCCACAUUGGAUAAACAGAAUAUUACAAAGGAGUUCAAGGCUCAAAUGCAAAAGCCCCAAGAGGAACGAUCUCCAGCAUAUCAAAACCAUCAAGUCUUUUGUGAAAAAGAGUUCCCAAGUGAAACCAAGAAUAUUUCACCUGAUUCUCUAAAGAAGUUUAAUAAAGGGAAUGUGUUUUUAUUGGAUGCCACAAAAGAAGGGAAUGUGGGCCGCUUCCUUAAUCAUAGUUGUUGCCCAAAUCUUUUGGUACAGAAUGUUUUUGUAGAAACACGUGACAGGAAUUUUCCAUUGGUGGCGUUCUUCACCAACAGGUAUGUGAAAGCAAGAACAGAACUAACAUGGGAUUAUGGGUAUGAAGCUGGGACUAUGCCUGAGAAAGAAAUCCUCUGCCAAUGUGGGGUUAAUAAGUGUAGAAAGAAAAUAUUAUAAAUCUUUAGCUAAUGCCUAUUGAUGAGAUUAGCUUAUCACGCUGCAAUUAGAGCCAUGCAGGAGAA